ACAGACUGUGUAGGCGGGAAAUCUCUGGUUCCACUAUCAAUGGCGACUCCUCAGAAAGUGUCCGAAUACGAACGGAAGCGACUUGAAAACAUUCGUCGCAACAAAGAAAUGAUGUCCGCACUCCAAAUCCAUUCCAAAGCUUCCCAACUCUCAAAGGCCGUAACCAAAUCGGAGAAGAAGAAACUUAAAACUGAAACCCCUAUUGCUGCUGCUAGGAGCUCCCUUCGAAUUAGAGGUAUUCCAGCUCUCACUCUUGAAACUAAACCUCUCAAUCAAACUAUGGAUCCUCUUCCCAUGAAGGAUACUUACAAGGGUACGCACUCGGAUCGCUCUUUUGUUGAAUCACUAGCUGAUAGUAGUAUGUCCAACAAGGAACAAGUCAAUGAUACUUCAAAAAAUAGGAAGAAAAUUGAGUGUUCACUUGAGUUGGAAUCUUUGUCUUUGGAUCGUAAAAAUAUAGCACGUGUUGUUCCUGACGGCGGCAUAACUCACUUGCGAUUUUUACCUUCCAAUGAUUUCAAGAUGGUAGUAGCCGGUAACAGAGUCGGGGAUAUUGGGUUCUGGAAUGUUGGAGAAAGUGAGGUUUUUGUGUACCAUCCACAUCAGGCUCCCAUUUCUGGGAUCUCCAUUCACCCACAUUGCUUGUCAAAGAUAUACACAAGUUGUAAUGAUGGAUUUGUUAGGAUGAUGGAUGCUGAGAAGGAAGUUUUUGAUAUGGUAUAUCAUAGUAGUAACGAUGAAUCCAAAAAAAAGAAAGAUAAAGGUAUAUAUGCUCUCUCACAGCCCAAGAAUGAGGCAAACUGUUUAUAUUUAGCUGAGGGUUCUGGAUAUUUGACUGUUUGGGAUAAUAGGAUAGGAAAAUGUUCGUCUUCGUCCCGCUUAGAUUUGCAUCAAUUGAGGAUUAAUACAAUAGAUUUCAACCCUGAAAACCCUCACAUUGGUGUUACCAGUUCAUCUGAUGGAACUGCAUGUACCUGAGAUUUCAGAUGUAUUGGUGGUAUGGGUAAAGGUAACCUCACAGCUUUAAGGAAAUUUACCUAUGAAGGGGGGAUGCAAUCUGCCUACUUCUCUCCUUCUGGACGUAGCAUUGCAAUCACAAGCUCGAAGAACACGAUUGGCAUAUACAGCGGAGUUAACUUGGAGGACGCAGCUUUUGUUUAUCAUGAAAGUAUCAAAGUGUUUUCUACUUUCAGGGCAAUAUGGGGUUGGGACGAUUCUUACAUCUUCAUGGGGAGUGAGAAAAGAGGAGUUGAUGUUGUCUCUGCAGUUCAAAAGGCAACCGUGAUGACUCUAGAAAGCCCACUCAUAUCUGCAAUUCCACUUAAAUUUGAUGCACACUCUUAUGAGGUUGGGAUGUUAGCAGGAGCUAGCUGGGGCCAAGUCUAUGUUUGGACAUUGAGCUAAGAUUUUUAUUCUAUAAUAUGCAGCACAAAUUUUGGAGUCCCCGUGUUGUUUUGGAUGUGAUAUUGCAGCACACAUUCUCGAGUCCCUAUGCUGUUUUGGACGCAACUUGUAUGAAGUUUUAUAAAUACAAACUUUUGACUGGCUAUGCAUUUCUUGAAUAUCCCACCAUGAUUCCAAACAUAUACUUAUUCUAUAUGCACUUCUAUUGGAUGCAAAAACUUGUACCAUUUUAUUUGCCUAUCUUCAUGCCUUUUUUGUGUAAAGUAUCAUCUAUAUGCCAAAUGCUAGGAUGUGAUGACAGUCCGUCAUUCGCUAUUUUUAGAGUCUUUUUAUAUGUAGUUUGAUCACAAAUUGGA